AUGCACAGACACAAGAAGUUAUCCAAGAUCAUUAACUCCCGCUUUGCCAAGGUGCACAUCCUGUACAUCGGCUCCACGCCGCUGAAAUCCGUCUUCCGAGGCACCAUACGGAGAGAAGACAUUCGAGCCACAGAGAAAGACAAGGUGGAAGUUUACAAGAGUUUCCGUCCUGGGGACAUAGUCCUGGCCAAAGUGAUCUACCUGGGGGACAUGCAGUCUAACUACCUGCUGAGCACGGCAGAGAACGAGCCGGGCGUGGUGGCGACUCACAGCGAAGCAGGGGCACAGAUGGUGCCGAUCAGCUGGUGUGAGAUGCAGUGCCCCAGGACACACUCCAAGGAGCUCCGCAAGGUGGCACGAGUGCAGCCGGAGUUCCUGCAGACCUAGCUGGCCACCCUGCUUCCAGACUGGGCCCCGUCCCUGCUGCAGGCCAGCCUGAGCCACCGGCUUUGGGCCCUGGCACGGGAGCUGCAGGCAGCCAGCCUGUGCCUCCGUUGUCAUCCCUUAACCAGAGCAACCCCUGCAGGCCAGUGCGUGCAGCCUGCACCUCCUGGAGCAGCUAGUGGAUUUUGGAUUGUGUUAAGGCUAGCGUAGGGGGAGCAGGGUCCCC